AUGCGUUUCUCCUCCGCUGUUGUCAGCGCCAUGGCGGCGACCAUGGCCGCUGCCCAUCACAACCACGACAUCAAGAGAGAGCAGGCUAUGCGCCGCACCCUCCUCGAACACACCAAGAAGGAUCUUAGCCACUGCGCUGAGAAGAUCAGGAGGAACGGCCUCGAGGCUCGCAACGUGAAGCGUCGCGCAGACCGCGCUGCUGCCAUCCUCGAGAAGAAGGGCUCAAUGAAGGGUGUCCGUGACCUGUCUGCCCUGAACACCUCUCACCUGUCUCCCGAGGACUACACCCUCGCAACCCCAGAGGAGACCCUGUUCGCUAGCAACGCCUCUUGCGUGCUCAGCCCAGAGGUCACCGAAGGCCCAUACUACGUCGCCGGGGAGUACAUCCGGGAGAAUGUCACCGAUGGACAGGCCGGCGUGGAUCUGCACCUCGAGCUCCAGGUUCUUGAUGUCAACACUUGCGAGCCUGUCGCGAAUACCUUCACUGAGAUUUGGGCUUGCAAUUCCACAGGCGUCUACUCUGGCGUGUCCGCCAGCAGCAACGGCAACUCGGCCAGCGAUCUUACCAACCUGGACGAGACAUUCGCCCGUGGGAUCCAGUCCACCGACGCCGACGGCGUGGCCAGCUUCGACACGCUGUUCCCGGGCCACUACACCGGCCGCACGACCCACAUCCACGUGAUGGUGCACCUAAACGCCACGGCGCGCGAGAACGGUACCCUCCUCGACACGACCGCCUCGCACGUCGGCCAGGCCUUCUUCGACCAGGACCUCAUUUACGAGGUCGAGGCCACCCCCGUCUACGCCACCAACACGCAGAGGCUGACGCUCAACGCGAACGACGGUAUCCUCAAGCAGGAGGCCGCCACCAGCGACCCCUUCGUCGAGUACGUCCUGCUCGGCGACUCCGUCGAGGAUGGCCUGCUCGGUUGGCUGGCCUUUGGUAUCGACCCAACCCUGUCCAGAAACAUCAACGCGGCUGCUACCUAUUACGAGAGUGGUGGUGUGCAGAACAACAACGGCGGCGGUGGUGGUCCCGGUGGCCCUCCCCCCAGCGCCUAG